AUGGUCAAAGUUCUUGGUCUGGUGGUGGCUCUACUGGCCCUGUUCCCGGUGGCUCUUGCCAAUCCAGAAGACUUUGAUACCGAGCACACCUGGGUGGCUGGCAAUCUCUCGCUGCCCUUUCCCGCGAGCGCUGUACUGGGUGGCGUCUCAACCAAGGGAUAUUACGUAUACGUAGGACGCGUUAAGUACGCCGGCGUGUUCCCCGUCCAGGUGGUGGCAGAGACCGGUUGGAUCACGUGGCACAACGGCACCUAUGCCUAUCAAGGUACCAAGUUCUACGACAUCUUGACGUCGAGCAACUCCUCCUUGGUGUGGAUAACCAGCCACGAUGGGAAGUACGAGAGGGGCUUGGUAGCCGCUGGAACCUCGACCAUUGACGAGCCGGUUUACGUCUGCCGUGCUAUAACGCCUGUUGGCCAGCUCCCUGGAACCCUGAUUCUCGGCUCUAAGGCCUGCUUCGUGGCAGGCAGCACGGCCAAGUAUGACAAGUACGAGGUUCUCGUGGCCCGUUAAAACUAUAAACGCUCGGCUCAAAGAAAAUAACUAAAUUGAUAUUCAGCAACAGUUUUAAUAUACAUAUUAAACGAUUCGGGUAUCAGCAAAA